GAGUCGUCGCCACGGCCAUGGAGGCGCCGCGCGCCGCCGCCCGCCUGCGCAGGGUCCUGGGCCACCUCGGCCGCGCCUCGGCCGGGGACGCCAUAGCGCACCCCACUUCAGAGACUGUUUCUCCCACCAGUUUCUGUCCUCAGCAAUUCCAGUUUACGUUGGAUAACACCGUCCUAAGCCUGGAGCAGAGACAAUUUUAUGAAGAAAAUGGUUUUCUUGUCAUUAAAAAUCUGGUAUCUGAUGAGGAUAUUCAGCGCUUCCGGGAUGAGUUUGAGAAAAUCUGUAGGAAGGAGGUGAAGCCGGAUGGAUUGGUGGUGAUGAAGGAUGUGUCCAUUUCCAAGCUGCAACUUGCUCCAAGUGAGAAGGUGGUCUCGAAGAUUCAGGAUUUCCAGGAAGACCAGGAACUGUUCCGAUACUGCGAGCUUCCCCAGAUCCUGAAAUACGUGGAGUGUUUCACUGGACCCAAUAUUAUGGCCAUGCACACAAUGCUGAUAAACAAACCGCCUGAUUCUGGCAAGAAGACAUCCCGGCAUCCCUUGCACCAGGAUCUGCACUACUUCCCCUUCCGGCCCAGCAAUCGCAUUGUUUGUGCGUGGACGGCCAUGGAGCAUAUUGACCGGAACAACGGUUGUCUGGUUGUGCUCCCAGGCACCCACAAAGGCUCCAUGAAACCCCAUGAUUACCCCCAGUGGGAGGGGGGAGUUAACAAAAUGUACCAUGGGAUCCAGGACUACGAUGAGAACAGUGCCCGUGUGCACCUCGUGAUGGAGAAGGGAGACACUGUUUUCUUUCAUCCGUUGCUCAUCCACGGAUCUGGACGGAACAAAACUCAAGGGUUCCGGAAAGCAAUUUCCUGCCACUUUGCCAGUGCCAACUGCCACUACAUUGACGUGAAGGGCACCACUCAAGAAAACAUCGAGAAAGAAGUUGUGGAGAUUGCAGUUAAGAUGUAUGGAAUUGAACCUAACAUCAACCUUAAGGAUAUUUGGACAUUUCGAGCCAGGCUUGUGAAAGGAGAAAGAAUCAACCUUUGAACCAGGCCUUCCAUGUCACUCUGUCAGAGGAAAUCCAAGCAGGCCGAGGGAAAUGUUUUCUCAUUUGGAUGGAUGUCAUCUUUUCUCUCACUUGAUAAAGAAAUCAGGAGCCCUAUGUUGGGGAUGGAAUUGUGGGGAGUUAAGUUUUGCCUUGCAGCACCGUGGAAUGGUGUGGGUAAAUAUUACUGGGAGGAAAAGUAACUUGGGGUACAACUAAUAAAAAUGAUGGGUGUAUCCUUCAA